GAAUGAAGUCUGCAAGUCUGAUUCUGCAUAUUCUCAUGGUUGGAUCUGUCUGUUUUAUCCCGUCUUCUAUGCAAUUGCAAGCUGACAUCCAUAAUGAAGAUAUUCAUGAUGAAAAACAAGAUACAACAGCACAGCCUGAAUGUACACAAAAAUACAAUGAACAUUGCAAUAAGCCGAAUGAUGAUGAAAGCGAAAUGUUUAGAAGAGGUCAUUUGAAGCCAUUUGGUUCACAUCGGCCACCAGAUGUGAUUGUAGAAGAACUAAAAUACAUGAUAUCUCCUCAAGAUUUCUACAUGAACUAUGUCGUCAAGCAUAUACCUGUUGUUUUGAAAGGUUCUGUAAAGCAUUGGCCAGCCUAUACAAAAUGGACAGACGAGUACCUGAACAAAACAUAUGGGAACGUCUCCUUUCUCAUGGAAACAAAAAAUGACGACAAACAGAACAUUCCUCCUGGAAUGAAACUCUCUGAAUUUCUCGACUCCUACCAAAAAGUCAACCGAUACUUAGUCGACGAAGUUUAUCCCGACAUGAGAAAAGAUGUCAUCCUCCCUCUUGCCUUACGCUGUGAAGAGAUAAGUUCGUACUUCUUUGUGUCGUAUUUUUGGAUGAGUAAUGGAGGAACUUCUUCAAGGAUUCACAUUGACACUGAUGAAAACCUUUUGUGUGUCAUUCAUGGACACAAAUCAGUAAUUCUCGUCUCACCGGAGUAUUCUAACUAUCUUUAUGCUGAUGAUUCACUUGUUUUAGGUGUUUCGGAUAUCGAUCCUCAGUCUGUAGACAUGGAAAAGUUCCCAAGGGUUAAGAAUGUGAGGUAUCAGCUGGCGAAUGUUGAAGAAGGAGACAUUGUUUAUAUUCCCAAUAUGUGGUGGCAUCAGGUGGUUUCCAGAUCUGAACGACAGCAAGCCAUUGCCUUAUGGUGGAAGUCAAAACCCUUUUGGCGGGAACAAGGACGGACGUCAAUCCCAAACAAAGCGAAAGAACAUAUAAAGGAUGACCCGCACAGAAAGUACUCCUAUGCCAAAGCCCUAGAAGAUUACGAGCAAUGGGUUCAAGAUGUGUCUGGAGGCAUACCAAGAAUAAAAUGCAAGAGCCAAGAAUCUUUCAUGAAGGACUAUCAUUUUGAAACGGAUAAGAUACCUGAUGCUCCCGUGACUCGUGGGGAUGGUGGAGACCUAGAAGAGGCGAUGGAAGCCGGAGAAAACGUCCAAAUCAAACAAGGUGAUAGUAUCGAUGCCAAAAUUACCCCCACCCGAGGUUGUGACUUCGAUCGCUUUAACCCCAAAAGCCCCUGCCACUACAAACCAUGCUUCGAGGACGACGAACUCCUAGAAUGUGUGAAGUACAUGUUAGGCUACUGCGACGCAUUUGAAGACAGAGGCUGUGUGAUCCAGCUACCUCAUGUCAUGAACAAGAAAAGUAAAGAGGAAUUGAAACAAAUUAAGGAAAUGAAAGGUGAUUUCAAGAAAUAGAACAGCUAUAAUUACACUAUCGCGACAAAAGCUAGUCUCCUACGCAGCCGCUAUUAGUGCCGUCACGCAACGCUCACUCAUAAGCGUUGCGUGACGCAAUGAUAGUGCGGGCGUAGGAGAUUAGUGAUAAUCGUUGCUUGCAAAGGAUGAUUUCGACUGGAUAAAAGAUAAAACAGAUAAGACAAUAAGACAUGGCCAUGUGGAGAUUAUAGUAUUUUAUAGAAUAUUCUAGUCAUUUGAUUCUCAACAAAUAUCUUUAUGAUGAAAACAUAAUUUUUUUUUUCUGUUUUGAGCCACAAAACAUUUUCAGAAAGUUGGUGGCCAACAAAAUUGACAAAACCAAAACAGGAAUAUUCUUACUAAAAAAUUAAUAUCGGCAACAAAGUCUUGGGAUGUUGCCAUUAAAAUUUGAUAUGCUGUAAUUAGUUUCAUGAAGUUCAAUAGUGCCCUUCACAGUUCCCUGCGCCAUCUUGAAAGGUAGCCGUGCCUUUGCAUCGAAGAAGCUAGACGAACGGUGAGCUUAUAAUGACAGAGACAUGUGAAUAAUUGUCCAAGGUGUUAAAAAGGUACCCAUCAUUACAAGCUCACCGUUCGUCUCGCUUCGAUGCAAAGGCACAGCUACCUUUCAAGAUGACCUUUUGUUAGCAACCUUGACAAAAAUUCCACUUCAUUAUCAUUCUUCUGUUUGGCCAUGUCAGGAUCAAUGGGAGGAUAUAACUUUUUAAAUUCUUGAGAAAAAACCAAACAGCCAGUCGGCGCGUGCGAUAUCCUUUGAUUCCAGAAUAAUAAAAUGUUAAUUUAAAAAAAUACUAGGUGUUCCAUCGAUGGUUAUGUAUUUUAAUAAAUUAUUUAAAAGUUUGUAAUAUUUAUCAAUGAUAAAAUUGGAAUAAAAGGCGCAUAGCCGGGGUCAGUCUA